AUGUCUUUGCAAACCCCAAAUCAGAAUGUCUUUGGUCCUGCAGAGGCUGAAAAGCAAGACAUAGAGCAUGUCGACGUCCUAGAGGAUACGCCCUCUUCUUCGACUGCUACCGAUCCUCCCAUGGAAGAAAAGUUUGUCUGGAGCUACGAUAUCAUCACAAACCUGAUAGCCCUGAAUACUGUCUACUUUGCGGCUUCGUGGGCUCUCGUUGUGCCCACUUCUGCAAUUGGCUUCAUUGCUCGCGUGUUUCCCGAGCAAGCCAGCGAUUCAGCUUGGAUUGCCGCCGCGGUCACCAUCCCUAACUGCGUUUUGCAGGCAUUUAUGGGCGAUCUUUCGGACAUCUUGGACCGUCGCUGGUUCCUCCUCGUCGGUGCGCUUUUUGGGCUCUGCGGAAAUCUCAUUUCUGGGCGGGCAUCGACAAUGGGCAUGGUUCUUGCCGGCCAGGUUUUGAAUGGAGUUGGAGUGACGCUGGACUAUCUAGCCAUUCCACUUUCGGCCGAGGCGGUUGCGAAGAAGGAUCGACCGGUGGUGAGUGCUAUAUCCAUCGUCGUUGCAGGAGUUGCCACUGUGAUCGGCCCAUUGGUCCAGGGAGAGUUUAUCAAGCAUGAUAUUGGUGGCGCGGACAAUGGUUGGCGGGGUGGAUUUUACUUCGGUGCUGGCUUCUACGCCAUGGCCUUUGCCCUCGUCUUCUGGCUCUAUCACCCUCAGUCUCGUCCUAACCCCGAGAACCUUUCUAAGGUGAGCCGCGUGUUGAAAAUAGACUGGUCAGGCGUUUUCCUUGUGACGGCCGGCUUAUGUCUGUUCCUCGUUGCUCUCCACUACGGCGACAAUCCCGACCCAUGGGACUCUGCCAAGGUGCUGGCUACUUUGAUAGUGGGCAUUGUGUGCCUUUUGGCAUUCGGCGUCUGGGAGUGGAAGGGCACAUCUGUCGGACUCCUCCGGCACGAUCUCUUCGAGCAUCGAAACUACACUGUCACUCUACUAGCCUCGUUUACGAGUGGUAUGGUCUUCUUUGGUGGCCAAGCAUACAUUCCCCAAGAAGUCUUAUACAUUUUCAGCAAUGAUCCAGUCAUGACCUCCGUCUGGACUUACCCCUACAAUGUGGCAUGCAUCUUCGGGGCCGCUUCCAGCGGCAUUUAUAUGUCCUGGACUAAGGAGGCUAAAGGGCUGAUGAUAGGCUCCUUCGCCGGUUUGACUUUGAGCUCGGGUCUUAUGGCAAUUAUUCACCCGGGCAUCAACUUCGCUGGGUGGUUCUUCCCGACUGCUAUCAUGGGAUUUGCCGUCGGUGUCCAGGUUGCCACAAGUAUUGUAGUAGUUGGCCUCUGCACCCCAGAUCGCUUUAUCGGGCUCGCUAUUAGCAUGGCCGGCGCAAUCCGCGCUCUAGGCGGAAGCGUGGGAGUCACUAUAUUUAGUACUAUAUUCUCAUCGAAACUUGACAGCUACCUUCCAGAAAAGGUCACCAAGGUUCUUGUUGCAGCUAAAAUGGAACCAACCACGAUCUCAGAGCUUUUCCCAGGUAUUCUGCAGGCUAUUUCCGCUGGCAGUGCAGAUGCUCUCGUGCAAAUACCCGGAAUUUCGUCAAAGACCGCAGAUCUAAUUCAGGCCGCAGCGGCAGAGGCGUAUUCCGACAGCUUUCGCUUUAUCUGGUAUACACUGAUUCCUUUUGGGGCUGUGUCUAUGGUCAUUUCGGCUUUCCUUAAAUCGACAAAGAAGCAGAUGACUAGCGUCGUUGCGGCUGGGGUGCAGCGCAGGCAUUGA